GACCUCUUAAUUGAUUCAUACCCUUCAAUUUUAAUCCGAAGAGACGUUUGCUGGCAUAAGUAGAAAAUCAGGCGGUUAAAAUGUUCACGCCGAAAGUCGCCUCGAGAGCCAAACCCUCGCCACUUUUCUCAUCCCGUGGCGCAAGAUCUGCACAAAACAGAUCUAGGAGUAGUAUUCUUUUCACCCCUCAGAGGAGGACAGCAUAUACUCCAAAAAAUCAGAGUUUCAAUAGAUCUCUGCAAGCCUCACAUGUGAUAGAAGAAACAGCAAACCAUAGUGUUGAGAGCUAUGGGGCUCCCUUACCUGUCCUUGUCACAGAGGCCUUAACAUUAGCAGAACGUGAAACCAAGACAAGUGUUCAUGUCGAUCCAUCUGGCUGGGCAUGGCUUGUGUCUGGUCGUAAAUUGUUUGUGUGGCGCUACAAAACAUCAAGCAGUGGUAAGAGUGUUCUCUGUAAACAGCUGACUCUCCCACCGAGUGAUCUUGACCAUCAGGCAGGGCUCGUGAAUGUUGUCGCAGCACAAGAGGACCACCAAGCAACAAGCUGUAUUGCAGUCUCUGCAGAGGGGAUCAUACGCUACUGGGCUAAUAUCACACAUGAGGGCUCCUUUGUUGAGAUAAGUGCUGAUUUAAAAGGUGAGGAAUGCGUUUCAUUGACGAAUCUCCAGCCACAUGGAUCUAUUCUCGCAACAACUACCAGCACCCUGGUCCAGGUAGUUCCAGCACCUUCCCAGAAUGCUGUGACAUGCCGAACUGUAAUGGCUCCUCAGGGAAUGCUUGCAGGAUUUGGGAGACGUAUGUCUUCCUUCAUAUUUGGAUCAUUGCCAGCACAGUCCACUGGUGCUCUGCUUCAGACUGUAUUGGCAGGUGAGGUACUCGAGGAUCACAGUCAGGCAUUCUAUGUACUGUCUGGCCAUGUGCUACAGAAAUGGAUCCUCCUGGGCCAGGCUGAGAGACUCGUAUACCAAUGUGAAGUCCAGAGAAUCUUCAGAGAGUGUCUCUCAGAGACAAUAUGGGGCCAGGAUGCCUCCCACCUCCCUGGUCUAAAGUUAUGGAUGCUAGACCUGCAAUUAACAAGAGAUGGAGUCAUUGUGCUUGGUGCAGGGACCAACACAGAGUCCCCAGAGCAACUGAUCUACUAUGCCACAGGGAAACUAGCUCAUAGUGAUCAAAUUCCUGAGAGUUUUCAAUCAUUCCAAGUGUCUGCAUUCACUCAGCCAUAUCAUGAAGAUGAUGAGAAUAUGCUCCUUGACUGCCAUCUGUUGGUGCCCGAUGGUACUACAGAAGCUACCUAUUUAUAUAAUGAAUCAGUUGUUAUCUGUCCAGCUAGCCAGGCAGGCUCUCAGGUGCCUGACAAGGUUGACUUCCAGAUGAGAGGAGACAGAGUGCUGGGAGCAGGAAUAUGUGACAAGAUGGGACUAUUUUUCUCCAGUGUCCAUGGUUUGGUUUCCAUAAGCUCAACAGCUAAACUUGAUCAAAGUCUGAACGACUCCUCAUUCUUAUAUGAUCCAGUUAGCAGACCAGAUUCUGCAUUGGCCUUUACUCCUGCCCAGGUUGAUGAAUUGAGCCAGAGUGAAGACAAGUCUGCCCGCCUUAAAGCAGCAUUCUUACACGCCUGUAGGGGUUCACUGGCACAAGCCCAGACUAUAGUUGAUGAGCUGUUCCCUGUGAGUCAAGGAAUGGAGCUUCCUAGUUCCCCACUUAACACAAUGGUGGCAGCACUGAGCAGGGAACUGAUUGAUGAUUUUCCAGCUUCUGAUCCUCGUUGGGCUGAGACAGUUCCACAUGACAGUGGAGGUUCCAGUUCUGGUUCACUGAUCAUCCUUCACCAGUUAGAGGACAAACAAAGGGCACAUGAGUAUCUAAUAACAUUCCUCACCAAUGUGGGACUCUGGGAUAAGUUGUCCACCAUAAACAUGCGGGAUCAGCCAAUGAGAGCACAGCUGCUUAUGUGUGAACAUGCAGAGAAGAUUGUAGCUGCUAUCACAUUACGGAAUAUUCAUUCAGCGAAUCCUGGUUUGGUGGAUGCAGCAAUCAGGCAUGUGCUUGAGGGUAGGGGGGACAGUGUACCACCCCCAGGCCUGGCCCCCCAGGAUCUCUUUUACAGAGAGGUGUCGCGGAUAGAUGACAUAUUGGAGUCAUUGAUGGUUGUUCUGCAGGAAACCCUUUCCACAAAUAUAUCCCCACAGGAUACAAUCAAAAUGAUUUCUGGUGUUAACACGAUCUUAGUGGGAAUGUUACAUGAUGCCUGGCAAUACAGACAAGGCAAAGCCCAGCUGAACCUGUCAAACGCAAGAGGGCCUCCAUUUAUUCCAUGGACAGCAUCACUUGGACCUAAUGGAAUCAGGGCCCUUGUUUCAAAACAGCACAACACGACAUGUAGUGCUGGAUUAGGAAGUAGUCGGGAUGCCCAGACAGAAGGGGAACUUUUCCACCAGUUACUGACUCUGACAGAUGUACAGUUAGAUGGAUACCUAUCUCAGGUGAAUACAACAAACCCAUUGUCAGGUGACUACCCAGAGAUCUUAGCUGCCUACGAAUCUGAGAGAGCCAAGCUGAUUGCUCCAUUCUUGAAACAUGGUCAGUAUGAGAGAGCAGCAUCAUUGGCUGAGAAAUACUUGGACUUUCCCAGCCUUAUGGAGAUAUGUGAAAAGACAGACACCCAAGAUAGGCUUCAGAGAUAUAUGGUUCAGUUUCAAGAUAAGGGGUUUGCUGAUUUUGUCUUCAAAUGGUACAGAGAUGAAGGCAAGAAAGGGAAGCUUCUCUCCCAGCCAUUGGGCAGUAAUGAGCAACUGGGGCAGUUCCUUAGGUCUGAUGAGAACCAGUACCUCAGCUGGCUUCAUGAUAUUCACACUAGCAAUUUAUACCAGGCUCACCAGACUCUAAAGGAAUUGGCUCUCAGUGAAACUGAAUCAGCCUCAAAGAAAAAGACCUUACUAAGUCUAGGUAAACUGGCAGCUCUUGCAUCAGAUGAGCCCCCUCCCUCUGUUCAGGAUGAAAUUGAAGGGUUAAACGAUGAGCUUGAGUUGAUUCUUCACCAAGAGAUGUUACCUGAAACAGUCGUACAAGGUCUUGGAAUGGACCCCGAAGACAUGAGGGUACUACCUCCUAAAGAACUCAUUGAGGUGUAUGUGAGUGAGGCUAACUGUGAGGCCAAUGAGUUUGACUUCAAGAAGGCACUUGAUCUGCUACAUUAUGUGGAUAGGGAGGAGCCAGAUUAUGAGGCUCUGCGGCUCCAUGUCUGGUGCCAGGCUCUACUGCGAGACAGACAAACUUGGGAAGAUGUACAAGAGGAUGAUCCUUUAGAGAAAAACAGGGACACAAUUUUCUUCAAAACAGUUGAACUGGCAUACACAGAAGGGAUGAAUUUACAAAACUUUUUACCGAGUCCUGAAAUUCUUCUCAAUGCUGAUGAGCUAGGAACAUUAAAAGACAACACAAAUUUCCAGUAUCUUGUGCGAGCUGGAUAUGAACACAUAGAGCGUGUCUACACUGACUUCUAGCCCUGUGUCCUGGUAGGUGGUUAGUUAAGGACUAACACUACCAGGUUGAAUAUUGAAUAUUAGACACUAUACUCCUACUACUCUAAACUAACAUUUAUUACAAAAUGUGGAACUGAGCCUGACUAAUUAAAAAAUGUACAUGUAUUAAGCAGGCUUUAAAAUGGUAUAUAUACUUUCAUUCAUAGUGCAUUUUCACACAAUCAUCUAUCUGUCUCAUAAGCAAAAUCCCCUGAAUGGUGCCAAUUUGGUGUGGUACCAUUAACGGUUUAGGACAAACAGGUUUCACUGUAACAAAUGAUCAAAAAUAGCUCUGUAUCGAUAUUGUUUUAUGAUUAAAAGUACAUUUUUUUGUUUAUAAAACAAAAAUGUGAUUUCGAUCAAUUGGUAUUUCAGACAUAUAUUGAUAAUUGAUAAUAUUAUGUAUUUUUUAUUCAUCAACAUAAUUAUCAGUUGUCUGAUAAAAGAAAGGUCAAUUAUGUGUCAAAAUUAAUCGAUCAAUGGAAUGUCAUAUCUUUAAAGGUUUACAAUUAAAAUCAUUGACUGAUCAUGGAGAAUAAAAACAGAUUAUUUCUAAUACAUUACUUUUUUCUUUUGUCUUUAUGAUCAUGAAUUAAUAAAGAAGUGCAG